AUGGGGGAUUUCAAUACCAUGUUACUUCCACAUAAUGAGUUUGGUGGGUCUUCUCGCCGUAAUACGGAUAUGUCAGACUUUUUUAUGUACGUUGAGGAUGUUGAAAUAUUUGAUCUACACUACACAGGUGUCCAUUUCACUUGGAACCAAAAGCCGAACUCAAAAGGGGGUAUCAUGCGUAAACUCGAUAGGGCUAUGGCUAAUUCAGAGUUUACUUCUAAAUUCCAUGAUGCCUGUGUACAGUUUCAUCCAUCGGGCUUUUCGGACCAUUCGCCGAUGGUCUUAUCUUUCAAAGGUGGCGCUCGGAAAAGAAGGUAUGGUUUCAAAUUCGACAAUUUCAUGACAGACCACCUAGCUUUUUUACAAGUUGUUAAGGACGAAUGGGCAAAACAUAUUGAGGGCACCUUUAUGUUUCGAGUAACUUCUCACUUGAAGGCUCUCAAAACUCCGCUUCGUAAACUUCAGAAUUCUUAUCAUAACCGGGGAAAACGUGUCUCAUUUUUGAAGACUGAAUUAGAUCGUAUUCAACUGGAUGUAGAUAAAGACCCUUCCAAUGACGAGUUGGGUCUUGAACUUGGUCAUAUCCGUAUUGCGUAUCAGAAUGCUUGUUGGGACGAGGAAUAUGCUGCUAAGCAAUGGGCCAAAAUUAAAUGGUUGAAUGAAGGUGAUAUGAAUACCAAAUUCUUCCAUAAGGUGAUCAAAGAGCGCCAUUACUCCAACACCAUUCAUUCAGUCUGUACUAGUGGUGGUGAUUACAUCUACGGUGAAGAUGUCCUGAAAAUGUUUGUUGAUCAUUUUAAAGAUUUUUUUGGGUAG